CUGAAUCAACCAAAGGUUUUCUCAUCUACAGCGCUGCUCACAACAAAUGCAUCUCAAUUAUUGGAAACAAUAUCAUCACUGCGAGACAAUGUGACCUGAAAUCUGCUAAUCAAAUGUGGUGGUGGACACCAUGUCACCAAAUUCAAAAUAGUUUCAGCCAAACAUGUCUCAGCGCACCUGAAACACCAGUCAACUGGGGUCGUCUGAAAUUGUCCACGUGUGAUUGCCAUGACAACAAUCAAGUGUGGGCAUGCACAGAUGACUUCGUAAGGUUGAAUGGUACAAUACUGAAUGUGAAUUACGGGAAUAGUCGAGGCGGAGACCGCAUUGUGCUCUUUCAAGGGACUGGAUCCUGGAGUAAAUGGAAGGUCUAUGGAGAAGACCUGCGCGUGUGUGAAAAAGGAAAAG